AUGGCGUCCUCCUGGAAUCUCCUCACUGCCACUCCCCGUACUCUCCUCCGCUCCGCCCCCAAAGUCCUGCCAAGCAGCCGGCGCUCCAUCUCCGCCUACGGCUACGAACAAGCCAAAUGCCUCAUCCUGCCGAACACUGGCGAGCCAAAGGACGUCCUCCGCCUACAUUCCCACUCGAUCUCGCCUCCGACCGGCAAUCUCGUAACUCUCCAACUCCUCGCCUCGCCGAUCAAUCCCGCGGACAUCAAUCAAAUCCAAGGCGUCUAUCCUACACCUCCGACAUGGACUACCUCCCUCGGAACACCGGACAAGAUCGCUGUUGGCGGCAAUGAGGGCGUAGCGAAGGUCAUCGCAAAAGGUGGGAAUGUCAAAGGCGUCCAGAAGGGAGACUGGGUGAUCUUCAAGAAACAAGGCUUCGGCACCUGGAGAACACACGCGCAGACGGAUGUUUCCAAUGUCACAGUGGUGAAGAACACAGACGGGCUGAAGCCGGAACAAGUUGGGACAGUGAGCGUCAAUCCGUGCACGGCGUGGAGAAUGCUGAAGGACUUUGGCACGGUCAAGGAGGGAGAAUGGUUCGUGCAGAAUGGUGCGAACUCUGGUGUCGGUAGGGCGGCGAUUCAGUUGGGAAAGUUGUGGGGAAUGAGGAGUAUCAAUGUUGUGAGGAAGAGGGAGACGGGACAUGAAGAGCUGGUGAAGGAGCUGGAAGGACUUGGAGCGGAUGUGGUUGUCACCGAGGAGGAGUUGAACGGCAAGGAGUUCAAAGAUAGAGUCAAGGAAUUGACGAAUGGAGGGAGAGAGCCGGUAAGACUUGGGCUGAACUGCGUGGGAGGAAAGCUGGUCAAUUCAAUGGCGAAGCUCCUUGCGCCGGGAAGUGCGAUGGUCACCUACGGAGCCAUGUCGAAACAGCCGGUCACACUACCAAUGGGAUUGCUCAUCUUCAAGGACAUUCAGUUCAAGGGCUUCUGGGUCAGCCGAUGGAGCGAUGCCAAUCCGGAAGAGAAGAUGAAGUGCGUGGAGGAGGUUAUGGACCUGACAAAGAAGGGGCGCUUCAAGGAUGUGCCGAUGCAGACGGUCAAAUGGGAUAGAGGAACAAAGCAAGAGGAGCUGGUCGAUGCGGUACAAGGAACGCUGGAUGGAUACAGGAGCGGCAAAGGUAUCUUUGUCUUUGGAGAGACAUGA